AUGUCUUCCGUGCUCACGGGGGUCUUGGCGUACGGCAGUAGCCUCUUCACCAUAGUGGCACUGUACCCCUACCGUGACUUUGUGAAGUCUGUCGAUGUGCGUCAUUUGCCACGCGCGACGAGUCUGGGGGACUACUGCGUAAAGCGGUACAGGGGUAUGCUUGGGAGCCCCUCACAGCCCAUGCUGCUCGCAGCGCCGCAUGCAGCGUUGUACUUUGGGUACUUGUUCGCGGCGGGCGGCACCGCCGGUGGCCUACUUGGCGGCUUUUUAUUCGGAUACACCAAAACGUUUGUGCGGACAGUUGCUCAUCGCAUGAAUGGUGGUGGCUCUCGUUACAACAAGCUAGAGCAGCGAGGGUACUCGGGUUUAAUGGACUGCAUCGUGUUCAGCGCAAAGCAUUAUGGUGUGCUCUCAUUUUUUCCUGGAGCGCUGGCGGCGUCUGCAGUGGGGAUUCUUUGGUACGGUAUUUCUCUUGCAGCACUGCAGCAAACAUACAGCCGGUCUUUCGGCGAAGACCUGUGGACCGCCUUUCGCAUCCACGCACUCCUGACCUUUCUCACAGCACCGGUGCGCAACACAGUGCGUUCGUCUACGUACCGAAACGAGCGCUCCGGCGGAGUCCACACACUACGGGAUUAUGUGGCGGCUGAGGCAGCUGUCUUUCGCGAGGCAGGAGGUGUUUUUCGUUCUAUGGCGCGAGAGGAAGGCUUGCGCUUCUUUUUCAACGGAGCUCUGCGUACCACAUUUAAAAGCUCCGUCCCCUUUGCAGUGACGUAUGCUCUCUUCAAGGCCAUUGGCGGGUCCAUCGGGCUCCCCACUAAUGGCACCUACCGUGGAGUCCACACUGGGCGUCACUUUUCUCGGCGGGGUUAA